UGAACCUUUAGGGCGCCAGGCUGGGGGAAGGCUGCCAUAGAGUUAUAUAGUGGUAUGAGUCACAGGUAUUGAACGGAAGGAUUGUGUGUGUUGGUCAAACUCCUGUGGUGAGUCUUUAAUGUCUGUCCUUUAUGCCAUGACUAGGCCAUCAAACAAGGACACAAGUAUGCAACAGAGACACAGAGGCAUCGCAGAGUUCUUGUGAUCCCACAAUCCACCAAGCUGUUCUCAUGACAACUAUUUAGUUCAAGCUCCUCCUCAUCUAACCUCAUAACCUUUGGCAAAGUGGGCUGGUCUAAUCAUAGCUGCCUUGCACAGGAAUCCCAUCCAACACUUUCUUGCUGUGUGAGGCAGGCCACCUAGGGACUUCCAGAAGAACCAUCAGACUAGAAGGCCCUCAAGCUCAGGAAGUUUCAUCAACUAAGAGAAGAACAGAUGCCAAGCUCAGCAAGUUUCUGGAAUUUGGGACAUGGUGAGGAAGUAGUAACCCAAGCCAAGCUUGAAGAGAAAUGGGCACUGUGAGUGAAACCUCAGUGCCAUCUUGUUCUGACCUGCAUCUAAAGCCCACAUCUAAGUCUAGGUCAAAAGACCAAGAGGCCUACAAACCUUCUUUCCCCAGGAAAUCCAUUUUGCCAAAGCGUGGCGUCUCCAAGCUUAUUUUCUGGAUGGUGGCUUCCAUUGAGAAAUGCACCGGUAUUUCCCUGCAAGCUCUUAAGAAGAGUGUUGUGGCUAUAGGCUCUGACUUCCAGAAGCGGAAGAGUUACUUCAAGAGGGUCUUGAAGGUUACGAAGGGUGUGUUGAGUAAGUUGACCGGACAUGGACUUACAGGCUCCUACGCAAUCCGCAAGAUGAUGCUGACAAUGCUGAGGAGAAGGAAGAGGAAAAGGGGGAGGAGGCGCAGAAAGGCUACAUCUGCUCUCAAGAAAAAGAGGGCCUCCAAGAGGAGGAGGAGGAGGAAAAGGAGGUCUAGGAGGAAGAAGACCAAGCCUAGGAAAUCUGAUCCAUCUGACUUGUGUAGUCCUAUGUUGAUGACAUGAGAUUCCCAUAGCUGAAUCUGUGUGUAAGAAAAAUAAAAUAAAGUGCCAAAUUUCGACUGUCUAAUUUUUGUGCCUAUCAUUUGGAUC